AUGCUCGUCAAGGCCAUAGCCACAGCCCUAGUUCUGUUGGCAACUAAAGCGGAUGCCUUUAUCGCAAAUAACACAACAAAUUUACCCCUAGCCACGACCAGAUUAUACCAAACCAACCAAAUUUCUAAUGAUGCAGACUCUGACAAAACAAACAAUAAUGAUAUCACAACGGGCGUGCCAAAGCUGCCAGAUAUAUUGGAAUUACAGGGUGCGUUGGAUUCGGAAACUCCGGAAAUGAAGAGAUUACAAACAUGUGAGAAUGAUAAAUUUUUGUACGAAAUACUGGGCAAGGCCUGCCACGACGAGCUUGAGGUUUUGAGCCGCAUGGGUCUAAUAUCGAAGUUGCCUGUUGAAACAUUGCAAGAGGCAAUAAUUAGAGCUAGGGAAGAUCUAAGAAGACCAAAAGAACCUAAUACAAUAGUAGAACUCGCACUAUAUGCACUAAAGUAUAUAAAAUCGCUGUUUAAUGGCCAAACUUACGCUAAACCACGCGACUUUUCACUAAUAGCCAAACAUUAUCACGACAGAAUCAUUAGCCAUGGUGGUCGUGUAAAAAUACCUACAAAGUAUAACUUGAAUGCGGCGCCCGAAAUUGAAAUUUGCAAUCCUGCUAUUUCAGAUAGUAUUUUUUUAUCUAACGCCGCUGUUUUGGGCUAUGCUGGUCCAGAAAUGUACAAACAACUAGAAGAACUUCCCACUGAAAUCCUGGAAAAAGUUUUGCUGGUAAUGAACAACAUAUACAAAAACCCCAUGCUACACUCACAACACGUGCUGUCGCAAAAAGCGUGCGCAUAUGGCUGGUCUGCAGAUAGUGACGGAUUGGUAUGGAAAGAUUACACUACACUUUGGCUAGCCAAAAAACAGUCAUUGAUCGCGUUUAUGCGUUAUUACCCAAAAGAUAUUUUCCCCACUACCAUACCUGGUUACCUUCUCUUACAUGAACUAUUUACCCUUGGCACUAGCGAUGAAAGAGAUUUGGCUACCACGUAUUGUAGAGACAUGGUCAAAUCUAGAAACUUCCUUAACAAGAUAUAUUCUGAUAGUUUACUCGUGAAAUGCACCAUAUCUGGAACUAUUGGAUACAUUGCGGGACAAAUAUGCAGGAAAUUGGCAAACUAUUUUGCCGAUAACAUCUUUGGCACUGAUAGUGGUGUGGGCUUGAUCAUAAAAUCCAAAUUAGACCCAGAUUUAUUGGCAUAUGCAUUACCAGUUGUUUCAAUUAUUAAAUCAUUAAAGGGAAAUGCCGAAAAUUUAGGCAGAGGCAAUGAAGAAAAAUUUGCCGAGCUUAUGAAUCUAAUGGAGCAGUCACUGCGUGUAGAUAUGGGCAAGCCAGAGCAGCUGGAACAGGCGAUAUUGACACUAAGAAACAAAUUACCAUCGUUGCAGCGCAAAUUAUCUCUGAAUUCAAACGAUUUAAUCGCAUAUACGCUACUUAAUAUGAUCUACCUUCAGAUGCUUCCGGGACUCCAAAUAGGGAUUAUUAGUGGCCGUUUGCUCGAAUCACAAAAACUAUAUAAACCGCUAGAACGAUCUUACCUAUUAACCUUACUACAUCUUUUACGACUGGUACCAUUGCAGGGCGAAUGUGAUACCGAACCCAUAGAAACGGAGUUGCCUGCGGUAACUGAUGAAUAUCAUAGAGCUUUGCCGCUACCUAGAGAGGUUUACUUUCCUUGCCUGUCAAGGGAAGCUGAACAUUUGAAGGUUUAUGCUAACAAAAGAUUUAACGAAACACGCUUGGAGUGUUGGAAGACACUGAAAAUGAACUUGGAAAUUGACAAGGCGUUUAUAGCCCUGGCGGAUAGAUUGGACACCAGCAGGUGGUUCAUCUUUGAUUUUGCUUCCAAAGCCACGGUAGCAGCAUUUGUUGCAGCAGUUACUAGGGAUGUUUAUGAUAUUGUGCAGUUGCUGUAUAACGAUUUACAAAUAGAUCCAACGUUCGACACUUUGAAUGGAGAUAAAGAAGAUUCUAACAAGGACGGUAAUACUGUUGUAGACAAACGUACAGCUAAAGAAAAUGUCAUCCACACCCACUUUAGCGACGUACUGGGGGUAUACAGAACUGAGGAGCAGAUGGGGACUGAUGGGCCACUAAAACUACCCAGAAAUGAACGAAUCUAUGAUACAGUGGCGGCUAUACUAGAGUGUGGCAGUGAUUGGACGCGAAUACAUCAUAACUAUCUGAGAUAUCCUAUGCCCAGGAUUGAAUCUUCCAACUCGACAAUUUCUGAAAACACUAAAAUUUUGUCUAAAAAUGACAAUAUUACUACUGAUUUGACAAAAAAAUUGCCUUUGGUGGAUGCGAAACAAAUUAGCGCCAAAUGGGAUAAAUUAGCAACUCUAUAUGGACUGAGAGAUCGUGUCGUUUAUUCCAACAUCCUUAGGGCAUUUAGAGAAAUUACUCUGUUAAAGGAGUACCAGAUAGAGUGCGUUGGGUCAACUUUUCAAAUUUACAACCUAUCUGACAUAGUCAGUGAUGAAAUGAGGGCCGUUGUCGAUAGGUAUGGUAAGGAUGGAAAGGUUAAAUCAUCAGACCUACCUUCACCAAUUGCCAGGCACCUAAGACUUCUUACCUUAGCUUCCUAUAUGGGCAUUGGGGAGGUUGAUGCGUUGGACUGGUCUCGGUGCCUGGACUAUCCCAGGUUUAGAGACCAACUAUCGGAUAUCCUUGACGAUUUGUUUGACCAGGCUGCCAUAACACCUUACAAACCUUCAGCAAUAGAUUCAGAUGUGUUAGACACUCUGAGUAAUAGUACCAGUAGGGGUGUUGUGGGCCAUGACAACAUUUACAGGUUGUUAUUAGAUCCUGGCGUUUGGACUAGGGAGGAUUAUUCGUCAUUUCCGACUGAUAGGGUCGGAAAUGAUGAUUUUAUAUCGGAAAAGGAAUUAUCAGGCGUCACUGGCGAACUGAGAAAAUUUUCAUCCAGACCAGCUGAUAUUAAAUUUCACAGUACCGUUAGUGAUAUGUCGGGCAAUACAGAUAAAAAUGUCACAGACUCAUCAACUAUUGGCAUUCACACUAACAAUGUCAGCGACCCAUUAUUGGGCGAGAAAGAAAAUUUUGAAUCAAACCCACAGUGUAAAUCAAACACAUUAUCUACCCAAUUGUUUACCAAUAUAAUUCCAAAGAUAGACAAUUUGCUAGGAGAACACUACCCUGGUAGAUUGAUGUUUGUAAACACAUUAGUUCAAUUACUUCGUUCCCGAGUUAUAGUACUGAAGAAGGCUAUGAAGGCGUCACGCGACAUGAGGGAUCCAUACUUAUCAUCGCAACAUAUAAAUUGCUUGCUAAAUGUCCGCCAGACACUCAAGAUGCUUUGCCACUACUACGAUCUUCCUAUGAGAUAUCGCAUAAAGAACGCGCUGUUAGACAAUUUCCACCCUCACAAUCCACCAGAUUUGACUCCUUCUAUUCACAGUGACACAAUGGCCACCGCAUCGCGCGAUAUUGAUUUGGAUGAUCCACCUCCCCCGCCUACACUACAGGAGCUGGCAAACAGGAAGUACUUUCGAGAGAUGAAGAAGUUAUUAACAACCAAAAUCUACCACCACGAUAGCAAAAUACCGUACUUCGAGCAACAGAAGCAACUGAAACGGUUAAAGGAGGGCAAGGAGAUGGAUGAGAACUUUAAAUUUGACCCUGAUCACAUUUUCGUUGGCCGAGAGAAACACGACCAACCCAUCUACAACGUUGACUCCGACGACGAAUCAAACGCCACUCCAAAUGAUGAAAUUGCGGACAAGAUUUAUCCACUGGGCUUUGGAAAGGCGGCUGCACUUGAUAAAAUUUACAAGUCCCCGAUACUCUCACCUUCAGACGAGUUCUACCUGGCCGUCGCGUACACUUUAGUGUAUCCGCAGCAAGCGGACAAGCUCCCACUGGUACUAAAAAUGCUCGGCAAUACUGAUCAGUUAGUGCGUAUAGAGGCGGCCAAAAGUUAUUUGAGAAAGUCCUUGGCCACUUUUUCCGAUUAUGACCUAUCAAAAUUUAACAUAAGCGAGUAUGAAACUUGGGUGGCAAAUCAGGUAUACGAGGAAACAUGCCUUGUGGCUGGGGGAGUUAAUUUGACCGAGCACUUGGACAACCCGGCGGGUUGCAACGAUGGCAUUUACCAGCCUUGGAAACCACAGGUGUCCAACAGGUUGGAGCACUAUUAUGCCACUAAGGAACCCGACAAUAUGCAACACCUAGACAAGGCAGCUGCAUAUCUAAAGGUUUCUGCGCAUGAUAGAAGCAUGAUACACGACAAGGUCUUUUGGCGCGUCUACCUCAAUGCUCCUCACGCUAUGAAAUCCCAGAUAUCUUCAAAGUUAGGGUUGACGACAAGCGUCACGAAUGUUGUAGACUUGGAGCUGCAGUAUAAGGAUUUCCACAAUAACUAUUUUUGCGAGGCUAAGGCUCUGAUUGGAGACCCGGGCAAGUUGGUAGAAGCAUGCCACAACAUGCUGGCUAAGAUGGAGAAGUUGGGGGUUCUGAGAAAAGAUGGAUCUCCAAAAUUCUCUUUAUCUGGCACAGAUAACUUUGAAUUUUAUCAGGCGUACAUUCUAGCUCUCAUUGAGUUGAACAUGGAAUUUGAGAAUGUGGAAAAGCUGGGGAAUGUAUUGGGAUACUUUGGUAAGGACCUGGUGGAUCAGCUGCAAAAUAUCGGUACCAAGAUGUACCUAAAGUAUCUAAAGGACCACUUUGGCACUAAACUCGAGAAGGACUGUCUAAAGCCCUUAGAAAAAUACAAUAGAUUGUUUCAGCUCUCCCAUGACGACCUUGAAAACAUUGUUAAGAUUCAUAGGACAAACUUGGUAUUUGACGAGUAUAGCCCAGAGUCUGGCUGGGAUGACCUAGUUAGGGUCAAAGAGAUUGUCGAACCCGGGUGUAUUGGCGAGUAUUUUGGCUUGGACAAUACCAGAUCGCAACAGUGGCUUAUUAACAUAUUGAACGAAUCGGUAGGUGAAUACGGUUUGUCGGAUUUUAUCCGGUUUAAUGGACACGGGGGAUUGGCUAGCGACAGGGCAUAUGAUUGGCACAAUGGAAACGCGCUAGAGUCGAGGAUAGCCAUGGCACUAGACACUUUGGUGAUGGACAAGGAUCACCUUUUGGAUUCGGCACUGGAAAUUGCAAUCGAAGCAAACAAUUACAUUCACCAGUGCAUCGAGCAGGCAGGGCGAAUGAACUUUGUAGAGGCUUGUCAAGAGCUAUCAGUUACACUCAAAAGACUCUCCUUACUGAAUAAUAGCCAAUUUCGCGACGUGCAAAAGUAUUUGAGGACCGAAACAUCGCAUAGACCUUUGCUCGAUGUUUUACAGUACCUAAAAAGCGAACUAGACGAUAGGGAUAUGGCACGGUGCAAGGAGUUGAUUGUAGGUUGCGUGCCAAUAAACUGUGCGCGUUAG